ACAACUUCCGCUUCAGAUCGCCUAGACAUCGCAGCAGAAGUGGGGCAUGUACCUGUCAAUCUCAGGUACCCGCUUCCCAAAGUACUGUCUCCUGCCUAGGCGAUCAGAAAUGGAAGGUGUCCUCCCUCCCUCCCUUCCUGUAGUCUUUUGGGACACGUGACAGGUCUCAGAAGACUACAGGACCAUGCAUGAAGCGCAGCGCAUGCGCAGUGGGUACCCGGCUGUGAAGCCGCAAGCUAUCACAGCCGGGUGCCCACACUGAAGAUG